AGUUGCCGGGGCGGUUGCCAUGGAUCCUGGGCGGAAGUUGGGAGGCGGGCCCUGCGCGGAGCGAUUGUGGAAGGGCUGCCGUGCCUGAGACCCUCCGUCGCUUCGCCGGCAUGUCGCGGAGCCCCAGCGAGGCCGCCGCGGAGCGGGAGUCGGCUGAAGAUAAUUCUCCUGCCCUGACCUACGAUUCUGAUGCAGAAACAACACUGAAGAAGAAAAUGUCUCGCAGGCCUGCAAAAUCAAGGUCUCCAUAUACCUCUCACACCUGCCUCCAUUCUAAAAGGAGUGGAUUUCUGCGGACUUUGAAAAGCUCAGAGAGCAGACACUUUGAGAGCCCCUUAGUGAAAGCCUCAAGGCAAUAUUGGCGUGGAUCUCUGAAGCCAGGUACCUGGAUGAGUCACUCCAAGUCCGAUAUUGGCAUCAGGACUGCUUUCUCCCCUCUUCCUGGAAGCACACCUGAGUACCUCAAGGAAGCUUUGGGGAUGAAGAAACCGAAACACGCUCGCUCUGCCAGCCGUGGCUACAUCCCUGGAACUCCAGACUACAAGGAGAAGGAGGAUAUGUACGACGAGAUCAUUGAACUAAAGAAGACUAUCCAAGCUCAGAAGUGCGAAGCGGAUCGGAUGAAAACCAAACUCCGGCGGGUGGAAGAAGACAAUAACCGGAAGGACAAACACAUUGAGCAGCUUUUGGACCCCUUCCGGUAUACUGAAUUUAGCUGGUUACGGACAGAACAGAAAAGCGAGAGCAGCUUGAUGAUAAACGGUUUGAAGCAGAAGAUUCUCAGGCUAGAACAGCAGUGCAAGGAGAAAGACAACACCAUUAAUCAACUCCAGGCAGAUGUGAAGAAUACCGACCUGGAAGAAAUGACCAUCGCUCUGCGUACUUCCUACCAAGAGAUCCGGCGCCUCCAGAACCUGCUGACACACUCAAAAGUUGUGCAACGAAAAUCGGAUGAAAGAUUCAGAGGAGGAAGAAACAGAAAGAAGAAGAUAGGAAAGAUAUGCAAUCCAAGGACGAUUGGCGGAUUGUGGCGCUCAAGAGCUUCUGAGAGCCGGCGUCAGGAAGUGCUCAGCACGGCCGUCUUCCAGCUCUCCGAAAGGAUGAAGGAGCUGCAGGACCAGAAUGAAAGGCUGAAAGCAGAUAUGGACCACGCUCUGAGCUGCUUCCUAUCUCCCAGCCAGGCCAAAAAUUAUGUUGCUCGCCAGAGGCAGAAACUGCUCCAAUGGAUUUCUGACGAGGGAAAAGAAAUGGAGGAGGGGUUGCAGCCUUCAGAGACCAGCAGGGGGCUGUUGCUCCCUCCCACCGCUUCUGAAGAAGUGGAUCACUCAGUUGCUAAGGAAUCUGAUCUCCCAGAAGAGUGUGAGCCUCUCUGCAAGACGGCAGUGAGGCUGAGAGACCAUAUUCUCGUCCUUCAGAAUCAGCUGGCGGUUAAAGAGGUGGAAAUCCAGCAGCUGAAAGAGAAGUUGAGAGAACUGGAAGGAAACCAGAAAACUAACUGCAGACAGGCUAGAAUUGAUGUCACACAACCUCCCGAUCAGGCUUCAGAUUCCUCUUCCGGGCUGUGCCCUUUGUCUAGAAUUGGAGGUGGUCGCAAAGCAGGAAGGGGAGAGGAGGAAGAAGAGGAAGAGAAGGCAGCAGCCCUGAGACUCAUUCAGCCCGCAUCCGGGGCUCACGUCACACAAGCAUCGCUUGAGGAACGCAGGCCUCUCCCCUCCAGCCCUGGGAGGGAGAAAGCCGGAGAAGAGAAAAUGGGCUGGUCGAUAUUCAAAUAUUCACCUCUGGUCUUCACUUCCGAUUCUGCUACCACCUCCCACGAUCAACGGCAAGCUUCCCCCUCAAAGCGUGAGGACCACGGGGCUGAGUCAGACGACUCGGAUGAGAUCAUCACCACCACCACCACCACCAGGUCUUCCUUCCCAUGAAGGACACUUCGUCUUCUGGCUCCAGCAGUUCUGGGUGACGUCCUCCGGUGCUGCUCCCGGUUCGAGAACCAAAGGCAUCUUGGUUUGCCCCCUCCCACCCACCCCCAAAAGGAGUAAGGGGACCCAUAAUGUAGCUGUGUCCUCUUGGUGGUUUUCAUGAGGGUUACAGAGGCAUCCAUCCCUUGCGAAUGUAUUCCCCAGCAGUGUGCAGGUAGACUUCGACGUAUGACCUCUGAGCCCCAAGCAAGACAGUUGUUAAGUAAUUUUUCCCCAUUUUACGACCUUUCUUCCCACCGUUCUUAAGUGAAUCUCGCUUCCCCAUUGGCUUUGCUUGUGAGAAGGUCGCAAUAGGGGAUCACACGACCUGGGACCCCGCAACCAUCAUAAAUGUGAAUCCAUUGCUAAGUGUCCGAAUUUUGACCACACGGCCAGGGGAUGCUGUGACAGUCGUAAAUGUGAAAAAAAAAGUCAUAAGUCCCUUUUUUCACUGCCGUGGUAACUUCGAACGGUCACUAAACAAAGAAUUGUAAGUCAAGGAACACCUGUGACAUUAUCAGAAGCCAAUCACCCAAACCAGACUUUGAGAUAUCGUCUCUCUUUUUUUAGCCCGUGUUGAAUUCGACUGCCGUUUGCAGCUGCUUCCUCCUCCCUGCGGUUCUUUAAACAUCCAGCUUCCAUUUUUCCACGUUUCUCCCCCCCCCCCCAAAUAUUCAGGUCUUCCUCUUCUGCUCCCAUUCCUGUGGCGUCAGAGAAACCGGCAGGCUGAAAGAGCCCGUUGUGUGUGUGUGUGUGUCGCUUCUGCUGGCCGAAAAGGCACAUCACAAGCUUGUUAAGAUUCACAUGCCUUUGGAAACAAAGCCAGAGGCCAAGCUUGGUAGGCUAUAUCCAGCAAGAUGAUUUCCUGUAAGCAAUAAUAAACGAAGAAGUUAAGUCA